AUGUACUCUUCCAAAUUCUUCGCUGUGGCGCCCGGCUUCCUGACUGUACUCCUAAACGCUGCACCGACUUCUCCAAAUCCCAACCUUAUGUCUAAGGAUUGGCGCCAUGUCCUCACCCCAGACAACUUCCUGGCUUCUACUAUCGAACCAGGCUCAUCAAUGGCCUCCGUUCUGGUCCCUGGCAUGGCGAGCGAUCCAAAUGUCCCUCAGAUUCGCGGUGAAGUUAGGAAUCAUUGUUCUUUCUCUGUCUGGGCUCGUCUCUCAAUCUCCCCAAUCAGCUCUGGACCUAGCCACGAGAAAUGCGACAACCUCGGCGAAACCAGCAUGGUCGAAAUCAAGCCGGGCCAGAGAUAUAAGGCGCCUUUCCCAUGCCAGAUGAAUCAGUGUGGUCACGUCAUCAAGGUCGCCUACCACCCAGCGGAUCUACGCGUCUACCAAAUUGAGUAUUCUGUGGACAGCCAUGAUGGCCGCAUGUGGUACAACCUUUCCGCUGAGGACGGCGCGCCUUUCCAAGAUGUUGAGCGCUAUCUGGGUGGCCGCGGCCCUACUUGCCCUUUCGUGCAUUGCGCACCCGGCCAGUACGGUAAAGACCCGGUCCAUGGAUGCGAUUGGCCGCUCCAACCCUUGUGUAAUAGCCUGGGCAGUGUCGUCGCUGUCAUCUGUGGAAGGCUUUAG